AUGGCCCGCGACCCAACUGGAAAAACUCUCCAAAGCAACUACGACAAUGUCGCCACCGAAGUAGACGUCUCUGCUAUUGGACUUGUUGAGACCAUGGUGGAUUUUAGCGAGCAAUCGCAUGCAAUACUUCAAAAGUUUUACUACACUUUAGACGCAACGGAAAUAGAGAAAGUCCUGCAAGAGGCAAUUCAUGACGAUAUCGAUUAUCAAGGGGCAACCACGGCAGAAGAACGGCUGCGAUACGCCAAAAGUGCGAGACUUAGGGAACAGUCAGCCUUGAGAGAUUACUUUCGUGAAGAGUUCGCUAACAAAGUAACAACGCCAGAGUUUCGAAACCGAAUUUCCGAAUUAAAAACCCCUAGUAAGCAUGCGGGGCUCGACACAGGAGACAUCCUAGGCGUCCAAGUUUCGGACGACGUCGAAAAUUCCACUCUCUCCGUCGAUCAUCACAAUAAUAACUUUGAUAUGCCCACGAUAACUACCAACACUGGUAAUGGACCCAACAAUACAAUACGCACAGAUAUCCCGGGGGCAAAUUUAGAAGAGGGGACAACAAUUACCUACGCCUAA